AUGGCACCGUCUCCUGGCUUCCUGCUCUGGGGCUUGUGGUGGUUGGGGACAAACGAUGCAGCGACCUGGGAGGGGGAAUGCUCCGACUCCAUCGGGCUGAUUCCCGAUAGCUUGGGCAGACGUGACAGGCGUCGCCUCACCAAACUGCUCAACGCACAGGUGUCUUGCCUGGUGACGCCCUUGCCUGUAUGGGAUCCUUUGCUUGGUCUGCGAGGUGGGGCGGUGGUGAUACGGUGGCGCCGACGGCGUGGGCAUAUGUGUGAGCGGCAGAGGACCACUUGGCAGCGGCAGCCGCAGCUGUCCUUCUGGAUGGGAUGGCCUCUGCGAGGCCGGCGCGUGGGCGAAGCGAGCCAUCCCGGGCCUGAGCCAGGAACACCUAUCGGGUCUGAGCGCCCGCCCCGCGAGCGCUCACCGCCUCCUCGAGCUCCCGCUCAUGGUGGCGCCGGUGCUGCGCGGGGCGGGCGCACUUACUGCCCUGUUGCCGGAUGCCCGUGCUCUGACCCGGCCCGUGCUCGCGGUUGGGCGAAUGAGAGCUCAAUGCGUGCCCAUAUUGAUGCGCAUUUAGCUGGUUCACUGGAUGGGGACGUGCCCACUGCCUGGAUGCAGGCCCGUGGGCGCAUCCGCUGUCCUGUGUGUGGGCUCAGCGUGUCGGAGCGCUAUGGCGUCCACCCAACCUGCCGUCCAGAGGCGAGGGCAGCUGCCGUGGAUGACGUCGACGCCAUGGAAGUGGACGGCUUGCCUUUGCCUACCCUGGCUGCCAUACAAUCUGCACGCACGUCCACCCUCCGUCACAUCCCAAUGGCUGCGCGGCACGCCUGGAACCAGGUUCUCACUCGGGCGCUAGCUGCUGUGGCCCACCGCAAUGAUGUCGCGACGUGGCUGGAGCUUCUGAUGCUGCCACAAUGUGUGCUGUGCGCGCCGGGGCGCGGGGGUCGGCGACACCGCAAGGCUGCUGCUGCCUUCACUCUUGACAGGCUUCAGCGAUGGCAAGAAGGCGAGCGCCUCUCACUCUGGGAGUCCAGGCCUCGCCGCCGGCCCCCACGGUCCGGACCAUUGACGCCCGAGGAGCGCCGGGACAUUGCCACCAGCUGGGGGCGUGAAGGCUUUGAUCGGAAGGCCUGCGCUGCCCUCAUGUCUAAGGGUCUCUGCCCUCAAACCGAGGAAACUGCCAGAGCUCUUGCUGCCCUCCACCCUCACCGGCCCUUGCCUUCCACACCGGCCAUGGGUGACUUGCCAGUCCCUCCUGCUUUGGCCCCGGAGUUGGUUGCCCGCUGCUUGCGAGCUUUUCCAGUUGAGACCGCCCCAGGCCCAACAGGACUUCGCGUGCAGCACCUGCGGGAUGCUUGUGUUGCGGGUGGGGGUGACAGCUUCAUGGCUCAACUCGCCGAUGUGGUCAACCUCAUGGCCCAGGGGCGGGCCCCUGUAGGCGUGGCUGUCAAAGGAGGUGCUGAAAAAGCUGUGCACGCCGUACGUGCGUGGAGUGCCAGGCAUUCUGGCUCGUCGCAUAAAGCUCUCCUGAAGCUUGACUUCCGCAAUGCCUUCAACUGUGUGAGCAGAGAGGAAGUGCUUAAGCAGACUGUCGUCCACUUCCCGGCCCUGGCCCGCUGGGCUGCUUGGUGCUACCGUCAGCCGAGCUGCCUGCAAUUCGGUGACCGCGCCUUGGAGUCGUCAGCUGGUGUGCAGCAGGGAGAUCCCUUGGGACCCUUGUUGUUUUCCUUGGCCUUGCAACCGCUGGCUGCGGAGCUGCGGUCGGAUUCUCUGGACCUUGCGGUGCACUUUCUGGAUGACGGGGUGCUCGCUGGCGACUUUGCCCCCUUAGGGGCUGCGCUCCGGCUUGCCCAAACGCGUUCUAGAGCCAUUGGCCUGGAGCUCAACCUUGACAAGUGCGAGUUGGUGGUUUUUGGUGCCCCAAACACGCAGCUCCUUCGGCCGCACUUCCCUGCCAACCUGCUGCAACGGCCCGAUGGGUCCAGCCGUGUCCUCGUCAAUAACUUCGAGUUUCUGGGUGCAGCAAUUGGGGAGGCCGCUGCCCUGGCCACUUUCGAUGGCCACGUGCAACGGUGCUUCGGUGAUUUGACCGGCCUUCACCUUACUGCUGGGCAGUGGCGACAGGCUGCACGGGGGGUUGGGCAGGCGGGCUUGGGCUUGCGCGCUAGCUUGGUGCAUGCCCCAGCUGCCUACUUGGCGUCGCUUGGAGCAAGCUUGGCCGAUUGUGCUGACAUUGAUCGUGCUUUUUCUGCCCAGGCCGUUCACGGGUCGCCUGCUGUGGCCGCCGCACUGCGGGCGCUGAAUCGGGAGCUGCCCCAAGACUCAGCCCUGUCCCUGUGCGAAGCCUUGGCGGCCAAACAGCGUGCGCUUUCGGAGCGUGUGGACCUGGCCGGCUGGGAAGCGCAGCUGGCGCAAGCCUCCUUGGUGGAAAGGGCGGUGCUCCGCUCGGAAGCUGGCCUCGGGGCCAGGGCCUUCCUGGCAGCUACGCCCUCCGGUCGGACACGGCUCGAGCGCCCGGGGUUGCUCCUGCCCCACUUGGCUCGUCGGCGACCAGCUGACAUUUACGUGCCUUCCUUAGCCGGGUCCCCUGCCGCGCUUGACUUCGCCAUCACGGCGCCCCAGCGGCAAGAGACCUUGGCUUUGGCGGGUCAGGAGGCUGGAGCAGCAGCGGCCGCGUAUGCCCGACACAAGGAGGACCACCAGAGCACUGCACGAACGUGUGAGGCUCAGGGGGUCACCUUCGUGCCCAUGGUGGCAGAAACGACGGGCAAUUGGGAUGCUGGGGCUGCCGUCGUCAUCAAGCACGUCGCUCGCGCUGUAGCAGCCCGCACUGGGGAGAUGCCAAGUCUGCUACAUUCCCUCUUGUUGCAGGAGCUGUGUGUGGCGGCUCGGUCCCACCGGGCAAAGGCUGCUCUGAGGCGGCGGCUCGCUACGACUGCGCUCGGGGAUACCUAG